AGCGCGGAAGAAGGCGUAUAUGGUGGCUCCUUUCCAAUUCACCGAAUUACAACCCAGUUUUCUAGUUGUUGCCCUCAAAACAGCCUAUUCUCACAAAAAUUUGAAAAACUUCAAGAGCUUGGAGGCUUAUAAAUACUUCGUUGCUGGUUGGGUGAAACAGGUCCUCGUCCACGAAAAUUCGGCAGGAAUCUAUCUUGUGCUUGGAAAGCAACCGUGCCACGCCGCGCCCCCACGCCCAGCGGCGCCGUCAUGUGGCAGGAGGCCCGCAAGCACGAGCGCAAACUCCGUGGCAUGAUGGUCGACUACAAGCGACGUGGCGAGCGCCGCCGAGAGUACUACGAGAAGAUCAAAAAAGAUCCGGCCCAAUUCCUCCAGGUUCAUGGACGGGCCUACAAGAUCCACCUGGAUCCUGCUGUGGCUCUGGCUGCAGAGUCUCCCAUCAACAUGAUGCCUUGGCUAGGCGACGCCAGCAACAUGAUUGACAGGUUUGACGUACGGGCUCACCUCGACUAUGUCCCAUCUUACAUGCCUCCGCUGAUCACUACACCAACACCAGAGCAGGAAAUGGAGGAAAGGAAGUGCAAUUAUGAGCGCUAUAGAGGCCUCGUGCAGAAUGACUUUGCCAACAUCUCCGAGGAGCAGUGUUUGUACCAAAUCUAUGUGGAUGAGCUCUAUGGUGGCCUACAAAGACCAAAUGAAGAAGAGAAAAAAAAGCUGGCUGAGAAAAAGGUGGCUAUCGGUUACACGUACGAGGACAGCUCUGUGACUGAACCCGAUCCCGCCUCAGACAAAGACGAGGACAAUUCGGAGAACAGCGAAUCUGAAGAGGAUGAGGUCAUCCCAGAUAUCGAUGUGGAGGUCGAUAUCGACGAGCUGAAUCACGAGCAGGAAAAGGAGCUUAAUAAAACCGCUACUCCCUACGGAAUGGCUGAAGGAGACUUUGUCAGGAUGUUGAGGAAGGACAAAGAGGAGGUAGAGGCCAUCAAGCAUGCCAAGGCGCUGGAGGCGGAGAAAGCCAUGUACUCUGGCCGUCGUUCUCGCCGACAGAGGAGAGAGUUCAGAGAAAAAAGGCUAAAAGGAAGACAAAUCAGCCCACCCAGCUACGCCAGGAGAGACAGUCCAACAUACGAUCCAUACAAACGGCCAGAGUCAGAGUCCAGCUCUGAGUCUCGCUCACGUUCUCGGACCCCCGGUCCAGAGAAAAUCACCUUCAUCACCAGCUUCGGGGGCAGCGAUGACGAAGCGGCGGCGGCAACAGCAGCAGCGCAGGCUGUCGCCCCCCACAGUGGCCACAGCUCCAAUGCACAGCACCCUGCAGGUCAUAGCAGGGGCUCCCGGAGACGAAGGUCCUCGUCCAGUCGAUCACCUUCCUACUCCUCCUCUUCCUCUCGGUCCUCCUCAUCCUCAUCCCGUUCGCGCCGCCGAGGGCGCAGAGGAAGGGACGACCGGCGUUCCCGAACCCGCUCCCGAUUAAGGCGAUAUUCUCGGUCCUACUCACGUGACCGAGGAGGGUCCAGGCGAAGGCGAGAUCGCACGCGGUCUAGAUCGCGACAGAGAGAGAGAGCGAGAGACAGGGAGAGGAGACGAGAAUCUUCAAGGAGACGUUCCAGAUCCCGCUCCAGUUCACGUCACGGGGGUUCCUCGCGGCCAAGUGUCCGGAACAGCAGCGAUCACAAGCGUGGCGAGAGUGGCAGUGGCAGUCCCUCACCGUCUUCCCCCGGCCGGCUCAACCACAGCCUCUCCCCUGACCAACGAGGACCCCCUGUUUCUUCUAACACCAUUACCGACAAACUAAGAAAGCCUGAAACAGCGGGUGGUAAAAAGACGGGAGCCGCCAAAUCCAAGCUGACGCCGCAAGAGAAGCUAAAACUGCGAAUGCAGAAGGCCCUCAACAAGCAGUCCAAGGCGGAUAAGAAAGCAGCUCAGGUAAAGAUCCAACAGCAGGAGCACAAACGACAGGAGCGAGAGGGAGAACUACGAGCCAUGGCACGCAAGAUACGCAUGAAGGAACGUGAGCGGCGCGAAAAAGAGCGGGAUGAAUGGGAGCGACAGUACGGACGCCAGAGCAGCAACUCGCCUUCUCCCUCCAAAUAUGGCAGAGAUUCCAGCUCAUCUCGAAGGAGAUACCGAUCCAGAUCCCGAUCCCGGUCUCGCUCCCGCUCCAAGAGUCCCUACAGCAGAUACUGAGUUGAAAUGUCAAAGGUUUUUUUUUUUUGUUUGUUUGGGACAAAAAAGCAGAGCGUAGGCCAGAGUGACUGUUGUUGGCACACAAACGCCUCAGACAUGUAUGUACAGUAUGCAACAUUUUCCUACUCUACUUCCAACUCUAGCCAAGGCACUCAUACAGUACGUUUAUCCGAACGUUGACCAAGUUGCUAAUUCCUUCGCGUGCAUCACUUUUGGCUUGAAAAGAUGCUGCAGGUUAUUAUUUUUUUUAACCUUCCCACACUUUUUGUCCUUCCAAGAACCCAAACACAGCAUGCACCAUUGGCGUCUUAUGGUUUUUGAGCAUUUUACACAACUCUGCACCAAAUUACAUUAAAAGCCAAACUUUCUGUUUUUAUUAACCACAUGGUCCCCGUUCUGGCAUGUCCGAAUAAAAGUGAUCAUGAAGCAAAA